UCUACAGCCACUCUGAAAGCCUGGCUCAACGAGCACAAAAAGAAUCCCUACCCCACCAAAGGUGAGAAGAUUAUGCUGGCCAUCAUUACAAAGAUGACGCUGACGCAGGUCUCCACGUGGUUCGCGAACGCACGACGAAGGCUAAAGAAAGAAAAUAAAAUGACUUGGGAGCCAAAGAAUCGCACUGAUGACGAUGACGAGGCGAUGGUGUCCGACGAUGAGAAGGAAAAGGAUGAUCUGGAUAGUGAAAAGGGAGCGCAGAGCCUGCACGGUGGCAGUACGGGCGGCGGCGGGCAGCGGAAAGAGCUCGAAAAGGAUGAUGACGAUCUGCCCGACGACGAGUCAAAACCAUUAGGUCCACAUCCCAAUGAUGUACGCAGCUUAGGCAUGAGCUAUCCUGGCGCUGGCACAGGCAGUGCAGCUGGUGGCAGCUACCACAGCUCCGGCG